AUGCCCCCAAUUCGCGACAAGUUCACAAUUCACUCCAAAGCUGUUGUGUGCCAGGAUGUUGAGCUAAAGGGCGAUAUCACUAUCGGUGCAGCCGACUCAGGUUCUUCCGAAGGGACAAUCGUGCAUCCCAAGGCAACUAUAUUUGCCAUAGCAGGGCCGAUUGUGAUAGGUGCCGGAUGUAUCAUCGAGGAAGGGGCAAUAAUUGUGAAUCGACGAAAGGAAGUCAUGAGAAUUGGUGAUGAUAACUUGUUCGAAAUUGGCUGCCGUGUGGAGUCACCCAGUAUUGGCAACUUUAACACCAUAUCUGCCCGCGCCCGUAUUCAUCACACAGUACGCAUCUCGUCCUAUUGUGUCAUAGGGGCUGCUUGUUUGGUUGUUCCAGCUGAGGAUGAAAUACUGGAUGAAUAUACCGUGAUCUACGGUCCAGCAGCUGAACGUCGCACAUGGAGCGGCAGAGGCAAAGUUCAAGAAGCAGACCUCAGACGCAAGCACGCUGAUUACCUCAAAGAAAUGUUGCCCAAAUUCAAUCGUUUGAGGAGAGGCGACGGCACAUGA